AGUGACCCCGCCCCCGGGCCGAGGAUGUGAGACUGGCCGGUCGUCCCCGCACCGGGCCCGGGCGCCGGGAGUCGGCGGCUCGGCAGCGCUGGGCGAUGGCCCUGCUGCCGGUGCUCCUCGCCUCCUGGGGCUUGGGGCAGUGAGGUGCCGGCGGGAGAGGGGAAACGGCCCUGGCGCGGCAGGGACCAAGGGGCCUCGGGCGCCAUGGAGGGGGUGCUGUACAAGUGGACCAACUAUCUGAGCGGUUGGCAGCCUCGGUGGUUCCUUCUCUGUGGGGGGAUAUUAUCCUACUAUGAUUCUCCUGAAGAUGCCUGGAAAGGUUGCAAAGGGAGCAUCCAAAUGGCGGUCUGUGAAAUUCAAGUUCAUUCUGUAGAUAAUACACGCAUGGACCUGAUAAUCCCUGGGGAGCAGUAUUUCUACCUGAAGGCCAGAAGUGUGGCUGAGAGACAGCGGUGGCUGGUAGCCCUGGGGUCAGCCAAGGCUUGCCUGACUGACAGCAGGACCCAGAAGGAAAAAGAGUUUGCUGAAAACACUGAAAACUUGAAAACCAAAAUGUCGGAACUAAGACUGUACUGUGACCUCCUUGUUCAGCAAGUGGAUAAAACAAAAGAAGUGACCACAACUGGUGUGUCCAAUUCUGAGGAAGGAAUCGAUGUGGGAACUCUGCUGAAAUCAACCUGCAAUACUUUUCUGAAGACUUUGGAAGAAUGCAUGCAGAUAGCAAACGCAGCCUUCACCUCUGAGCUCCUCUAUCGCACUCCCCCAGGUUCACCACAGCUGGCCGUGCUCAAGUCCAACAAGAUGAAACAUCCUAUUAUACCGAUUCAUAAUUCAUUGGAAAGGCAAAUGGAGUUGAACAGUUGUGAAAAUGGAUCUUUACAUAUGGAAAUAAAUGCUGAUGAAGAAAUCCUAAUGAAAAAUAAAAGCUCCUUAUUUUUAAAACCUGCAGAGAUAGAUUGCAGCAUAUCAAGUGAAGAAAAUACAGAUGAUAAUAUAACAGUCCAAGGUGAGAUCAUGAAGGAAGAAGGAGAGGACAGUCUGGCGAAUCAUGAUAGCAGCUUAGCACAGCCUGCGUCAAACUCCUCCAGUAGCUCUCCGGAAUCCCACUGGGAAGAAGGCCAAGAAAUCAUCCCAACUUUUUUUAGUACCAUGAAUACCAGCUUUAGUGACAUUGAACUUCUGGAAGACAGUGGCAUUCCCACAGAAGCAUUCUUGGAGUCAUGUUAUGCUGUGGUUCCAGUAUUAGACAAACUUGGCCCUACGGUGUUUGCUCCUGUUAAAAUGGAUCUUGUUGGAAAUAUUAAGAAAGUAAAUCAGAAGUACAUAACCAACAAGGAAGAGUUCACCACCCUCCAGAAGAUAGUGCUGCAUGAAGUGGAGGCUGACGUAGCCCAGGUUAGGAACUCAGCUACAGAAGCCCUCUUGUGGCUGAAGAGAGGUCUCAAAUUUUUAAAGGGAUUUUUGACAGAAGUGAAAAACGGAGAAAAGGAUAUCCAGACAGCCUUGAAUAACGCCUAUGGUAAAACAUUACGGCAACACCACGGCUGGGUGGUUCGAGGGGUUUUUGCGUUAGCUCUGAGGGCAGCUCCGUCCUAUGAAGACUUUGUCGCCGCAUUAACCAUAAAGGAAGGCGACCACCAGAAAGCAGCCUUCAGUGUUGGGAUGCAGAGGGACCUCAGCCUCUACCUCCCCGCCAUGGAAAAGCAGCUGGCGAUCCUGGACACUUUAUACGAGGUCCACGGACUGGAGUCUGACGAGUUCUAAUGGGCCUCCCAAACCCAAGCUGAAAAUGAGCAAAUUCUGUAUCAAGGACUAUAACACAUAGCCAGUGCUUCAGUCAACUUAGACUAAAAACUGGGGGGGAAGCUAAGUCACUUUGUGGAAGCUAUUGAAAUGUGGAGUCUGGUAUUCCUAGACAUUCAGAGAAUCCUCUUCUUCAUGGCUCUGUCAGCAAGAAGAGCCUGUGUCGUCCAGGUGUUUGGGGCACUGGUGUGGGCCUGUCCAUGUGGGAGGAGGAAGACACAAGGAGUGCCAUCCCUAUUUAUGUGAGGGGAGACUGCAGUUCCUAUACCCAACCCCACGCUGGAGGACAGCAUGGCAGUGACGCUGCUUGUCACCCGAGAUGACCCCUAUUCAGUGCUUUGCCAGCAUGCUUUCCCAGGCAUCAUCUGAAUUGGACGUUCCAGUGAAACUGACAUCCAAGCUUAUUGUCCAUUUCAGAAGUAAGGUUGGGAAGUUGAGGAAUUUGCUCACAGUCACACAGCUUCUAGUGAGGGAUGCAGGUUAUUCCAGAGUGUGAUCUGGACCACCUCUGCAUCAAAAUCACAUGGAGUGCUUCUUCAAAAAGCAAAUUCCCCAUCGUAUGUUUAUAAAAAAAUUUAAAAAAAAAAAAAAAAAAAAAAAAAAAAAGCAAAUUCCCAGGCUUUACCCUCACCUGAAGGACCAGAAUAGCGGGGGUGGGACUUAGGAAUCUGCAUUUGAAUAAAAUUUAGAGGUGAUUCUUUUGCACCCAGGGUUGAAGAACCACAAGAUUAAAUUCUAGUUUAAAUUUUAGUUCACAGGACUCCCCAUCUUCCACAUGAACUAAAUGAUAGGUCCCCUUUUCCCCCAAAAAUAGAAAUUGUAUUUCCAUUGAA